GCCCGACGCAAAUUCGCUGCACACCUAUUCCACAAUGGCGUUCCGCUGGUACCAAGCAAAGCUCAGGACGGCCCCGCUGCUGACGCAGAGUAUCACCACCGCGGUACUCUUCGCAACAGGCGACACAAUGGCACAGCAGGGAGUAGAAAGACGAGGUCUCGACAAGCACGACCUGAUGCGGACAGGCCGUAUGGCUCUCUAUGGAGGAUGCAUCUUCGGCCCCGCAGCCACCAAAUGGUUUGACUUCCUCGUGCGCCGCGUCAACCUGCCAUCCAAGAAUGGCACCAUUGUCGCGCGCGUGGCAUGCGACCAGUUUUUGUUCGCGCCCGUCAACAUGGCCCUCUUCUUGUCCAGCAUGGCCUACAUGGAGGGCAACUCGCCCGUGCAGCGUCUCAAGGACGCCUAUCUCCCGGGCUACCAGAAGAACUUGAUGAUCUGGCCCUUUGUCCAGUUCACAAACUUCAAGUAUGUCCCUGCUGAGAUGAGGGUCUUGGUCGUCAACAUCAUCUCGCUUGGAUGGAACUGCUACCUCAGUUUCCUCAACUCGCAAGGUGGCACCAAGCCCGCUCUUCCUGUCGGCGAGACAAAGGAAGGCGGUCAGCUGCCUCCUUCGUAAGGCAUCAGCCGUAUUCUCAAUUUGGUACUGUUGUUCAGCAUGUGGGAUGGGAUAUAGACGGGCAUUUUGCGGAUUUGGCUUUUAUCAUGUAGAAAAAAAAGGGGGGGUUUGGCAGCAUCAAUAAAGCGAGCAGGGCACUUCCGUAUUACAGGGUGAUACCCAUAUUUAUAGAAUGGUGUCAUUUUGGUAGCGUGUUUGAAU